UGCCAAAUCACUCGUUUUUUGACAACCUCGGAUGUUGUGGUCGUGUUGUACUUUUUCGUUUGGCUGUCCGUCGCUGUAAGCAAAAUCGCAAUUUCAACACAAUUUUCCUGUAAAAAUCAUAUUUUCCCGUCGUGAAAGUGUAAAUCAGAGUAUUACGAUUGAGGCAGAUCGAUUUCGUGCGGAAAAGACUGCUGGUAGUGCGUAGAAAGCUGUUUGCUGUUUCGGACAGGGGAAAGGGAGAUGUCAAUUUGUGAACCAGCGCAAGGCAGCACCCCCAGUAGGAUUAUUUGAGGAGCUUACAACAAAGGAUCGAUCGAGCCAGGAGUAAAAUUUGUAGGAUUUCAUUCUGCUGGGAAGAGUAGAAAAACUACGUCAAAAUGGUUUUAGCGGAUCUCGGUCGGAAAAUUACGAAUGCGCUGCAUUCGCUCAGCAAGGCCACCAUCAUCAAUGAAGAGGUGUUGGAUUCCAUGCUGAAGGAGAUCUGCACGGCCCUGCUGGAGGCGGAUGUCAACAUACGUUUGGUGAAGAAGCUGCGCGAGAAUGUCAAAUCGGUGAUCGAUUUUGACGAGAUGGCCGGAGGUUUGAACAAGCGGCGAAUGAUCCAGUCGGCCGUGUUCAAGGAAUUGGUUAAGCUGGUCGAUCCGGGUGUGAAGCCUUUCCAGCCUGUUAAGGGACGGCCUAAUGUGAUCAUGUUCGUCGGACUGCAGGGUUCCGGAAAGACCACCACAUGUACCAAGUUGGCCUAUCACUACCAGAAGAAGAACUGGAAGUCAUGCCUGGUUUGUGCGGAUACGUUCCGUGCUGGGGCCUAUGAUCAGAUCAAGCAGAACGCCACCAAGGCCCGAAUUCCGUUCUACGGAAGCUACACAGAGGUGGAUCCGGUGGUCAUCGCUCAGGACGGUGUGGACAUGUUCAAGAAAGAGGGAUUCGAGUUCAUCAUCGUUGAUACCAGUGGUCGUCACAAGCAGGAGGAAUCUUUGUUCGAGGAAAUGUUGGCGGUUGCGACAGCUGUCAAGCCGGAUAACAUCAUUUUUGUGAUGGAUGCGACUAUCGGACAGGCUUGUGAGGCACAAGCCAAGGCUUUUAAGGAAAAGGUUGACAUCGGUUCGGUUAUCAUCACCAAGCUGGAUGGUCACGCCAAGGGAGGUGGUGCAUUGUCUGCGGUGGCCGCAACCAAUUCGCCGAUUAUUUUCAUCGGUACUGGUGAGCACAUUGACGAUUUGGAAUCAUUCAAGACGAAGCCAUUCAUCAGCAAGCUGCUCGGAAUGGGUGACAUCGAGGGACUCAUAGACAAGGUCAACGAACUGAAUCUGGACGACAACGAGGAACUGAUUGACAAAAUUAAACACGGGCAAUUCACCAUCCGGGACAUGUACGAACAGUUUCAGAACAUCAUGAAGAUGGGACCGUUUUCGCAGAUUAUGGGUAUGAUCCCCGGCUUCUCGCAAGACUUUAUGACCAAGGGCGGUGAGCAGGAAUCGAUGGCCCGCAUCAAGCGGCUGAUGACGAUGAUGGACUCGAUGUCGGACGGCGAGCUGGACAACAAGGACGGUGCCAAGCUGUUUAGCAAACAGCCGACGCGGGUAAUUCGUGUGGCGCAGGGAUCCGGCGUGACGGAACGGGAGGUGCGUGAUUUGAUCUCGCAGUACACGAAGUUUGCGGCCGUUAUCAAGAAGAUGGGCGGCAUCAAGGGACUUUUCAAGAGCGGCGAUAUGACGAAGAAUGUGAACCCUACGCAGAUGGCGAAGCUGAACCAACAGAUGGCGAAGAUGAUCGAUCCACGGAUGUUCCAGCAGAUGGGAGGCAUGAGCGGGUUGCAGAAUAUGAUGAGGCAGCUGCAGCAGGGGGCCGGCGGGCUGGGGAAUCUGAUGGGCGGAUUCGGUAAGUCAUGAAGCGGCGAUGUUGGGCGUAAGACAGUUAUUUGCGUCAGCUGCUUGGUUAGCAUUCAGUUCAUUAUAACGGAUUAUAGUUUAUGUUUGUUGUAAGAAGACGAAUUCUUGAUGUUUUGUAUUUUAUUUGAGAGCGGUAAAACGAGGAAAGGUCGUGUGUUCUCGUUGUAUUUUAGGUAAAUAGAAGUAUCCUAAUCUAUCCACCACCAA